AUGCUCAACUCCAACAAGUCCAGAAACGACCUGAUCAAGGAGCGGUUCGCUCAACUAUCCAAGUACCAUGAUACAGGGGACGGCAGAACAGUCGAAGAACUGCUCAAAACGAACGAAAUCCUCCGGGGCUACGAAGCCCUCCGCCUCCGACGCUACCUCUCCACCGAACGCUUCGUCCCCGAGCGGGACUUUGACGCACUCGGGUUCAUACUCAUGUCCGGCAACCUCUCAGACCUCCAACUCGACUUCGAAUUCCGCAUCGAAACGAAGUUGCAGUCUCUCAAAAAAGAAUCCACGGACGCCACAAUCCAGCAAGCCAAAGACGCCGUCAUCCAAAACCUCCAGAACGUGCGCUACGGCCCAACCGGUGUACCGAUCUACAACGUCCUGGGACAAUUCAUGGUCCUCGCACCACACCGCAAGGCCCACUACCUCUCUAUAGCCAAAUGGCUCAUCGAGGACGCCAAACUGCCCGUCACGACCCUCGACUACUCCGGCUCGUCCUCCCUGCGGCACCAGCUCUCCACCAAACCAGCGCUCGAACUCGAGUACGCCGAGAUGCUCUACAACGCCGGCGGGUGCGACGUGAACGACAGGAACAGAUACGGUGCGACCGUCGCGCACGAUAUCGCGAUGAUAUACGACUGGACCGAUGCGGAGGUCGUGCGGAAGGCUUAUACGGCGAUGAAGUGGGUGCUGGAGCACGGCGGGAACGUGGAUAUCGCGGAUAGCGAUGGCAUGACGGCACGGACGAUGCUCAAGAAGCUCGCGCGGCGCACGCCGCAGAUCUGGAAGCUCGUCGAGGAGGAGGAUAAGAGGCGCGCGGAGCUGGGGAAGGACAGGUGUUGUGCGACGUGUGGGAGGGUGGAGGAACCGGAGAAGCUUAAGCUGUUGAGGUGUGGAAAGUGUAAGGGGGUCAAGUAUUGCGAUCCGAAGGUGAGAGCGUGCCAGCGGUUGGAUUGGCCGGUGCACAAGAAGACGUGUAAAGCCGCUUGA